AGCGGUCUCCCGUAGCGAACGGAGGAAUAGGAGGAGGACAUCCCACAUCGGAUUCCUCGGCGAGCUGGUAAACGCAUCUUUUAGCAGGUACCAGUGAGCCCUUCGUUUGGCUUCGCCUCUUCUCCAUAACAUCUCUUCCCUGAGGAGGAGAUGUGUUCAGAAGAAGAAUGUGCCCGGAGAAGCGGAGGAGGUUCGUUUAGACAUUGAUAGAUCAAUGUUCUAGAUGCAAUUGCAUGCCACGACCGAUCAUUUACAACUUUGAAGAAACCCAAGUAGGAGCAGAAGGGUCCAUAAGGUUCAGUGUCGAAGUUACUCCUCUGAUUAGGGUGAUCAGGUUCAGAGGAAUUGACAAAUUUUUAGGACACAUUAUAUCCUAUUGAUUAUAUGGCUGAAAGGGAGAUUGCAGUUACAAAGGAAGCGCUUCACCAAUAUAUCAUCAUAAGAAAACUUCAUAUGGAGCUAGAGGAGGAAAGAGAAGCUUCAGCAACUGCAGCAAAUGAAGCUUUAUCCGUGAUUCUGAGACUUCAGAGAGAAAAGGCAGCAGAGAAGAUGGAAGCAUGCCAGUACAGGAGAAUUGCAGAGGAAAAAAUGCAUCAUGCAGAGCAAUCCUUGAUUAUUCUAGAGGAAGAAAUGCAACAGAAGGAAUUUGAGAUUUUAAUCCUUAAGCACCAAAUUAAGUUAUAUAAGACCAAGUUAUUGAGUAAUGGUAUUGGUGAUCUUGGAUCUGGAAAUGUUGUAACAAGUGAAGAUGGUGCUUUAGUGGACAAAACCGGUCUUCAUGGCUAUAUUAGCAGGAACAUCUCUUUGCCUCCUUUAAGAGUGGUUAAGUUGUGUAGUGAGACUGGUGGCAAUGAGAAUAGUCUCCUAGCAUUUUCAGAGCAAACAAAAUGGAAAAGGAUUGGUGACUGCACGGACCAGCUUGGUGACAAGAAUAGGGAAACACCAAACUUGUUUCGGGAAUCUGCAACGGAUGAUUAUAAUUCUGAAGAAGUAGAUGGAGAAGUGAAAUAUGAAUCAAGUCCACGAAGAAAUGGGUGUCAAACAACAUCAAGUAACAGCCCACACAGUUCAGGAAAGGAGUUUUCAUCUUGUUCGCGGGAUUCAACUCUGACUGGUGACGCAUUGUGCCAUUCAAAUUGUGGAACUAAGAUCUGUCUGGAUGCUGAAGGCGCUUCAAGUUUGCAUUCGCAAGCUGUAAAACAAGUGGAUACCAUGGAGUCUGUUGGGGAUAGCAUUUCACAUGAUCAAAUUGAAUCAAGGAGAAAUGCAAAUCAUUUGGCAUGUGUCCAUGACAUAUUUGAAGUCCCAGAAAGUGACAAAUAUCAUACCAGUAGAGAACCUAACAAGCAUUUCUUGGAAGAGUCUAUAAAAGAGUCUAAAACUUCUGUUGGCACUGAAGAUUUAGUGUCUCAAGAUACAGUAGAAUCCCCUUCCCGAGACAAUGAUUGGCUAGACAGGGUAGUCACACAUUCAGACCAUAGUAGUGGAAUUUCUACACCAACAAGCCAACCUGACAAGUUGUCUGCACCCACAAAAGGUGAAAUGUUGAAUUAUAAUUCGGUUCUCGUGGAUUCUAUAAAUAGAACCUGUAUCAUGCGGAAUGAUUUUGAACAUAUAAAAUUCCAACUGCAGCAGAUUGAAUAUGAAAAGAUUAUGAAAAUGGAAGAUUAUGAAAGGAGCAACGAACAGUUAAAGUUGUUGAGGGACAUUUAUGACAAGCUGAACACUAUAGAAUGUCACCUGCAAAGUUCCAGGUCCAAGAAGUGCCUUCAGCACAAUGAGUCCCAGUUGAUCUCUGUUAUUGAGAACAGGCAUUCCUAUCAUUCACAAUUUAGUUAUGUUGAGCUGGUGGUCAUUCUGGCAAUGUUCAUUCUUCCAACCAGAGAUUAGUUCAUAUAUGAUGCAACCAUCCUGACUACAUGGUUAUAGAGGGUGCUGUUGUUCGUCCCCCUCCCCCCCCCCCCCCCCUCCCAUUCAUGGAAAGGAUGAGAAUUUAGGGUGGCUCAUAUUUUUUUUCUCUUUCUUAUGUAUUAUUAAUAUAGUUUGGAGCCUGGAGUGCAAAUUAUAUUGGAAAGAUAUAUUCUACAUCAAAUACAGAUAUCACAAGAAGUUUAUAAUUGCUGUUCGGUUGAUAAGUCUGCUAGAUUUAGUCUGGUGACUGUUGUUUUUGCUUGACUAGCUAUAUCACUGUUUAAAUUCAUCUGAUUCUCCCUCAACUGUUCACUACAUUACUAAUUUCACCUUAUGAGAGGUUUUUCUAAUAUGAAGUAGGGGUAAACGUGAGGGAAGAAGAUCGACAUUAGGUUCUCAACGUCCAGUUGGGCAGACAACAUAAAUGUGAGGGAAGAAGCAUUCGUGAAAAGGUAAACACAUCAUAAAAAAUAUUGGGCAGAAAAAGUAAAGAGUCACCACACUUGAGUUCUUCAUGUCUGUCGACAUUUUUAGAGUGACUCAAUAGCAAUCAAAUGUAAUGGAUUUAAAUGGUACCUUCUUACAUGAAGUAUGGAAAUAUAAUGUCUAUAAAAUUUCUUGUUUCAUUUUGGGUAAAAAAGAGGUGUUGUCUUAUUCAUUCGUGAGUUAGAAAAUAUAGAUAAUGAACAUCCAUGGUAAGAAUAGAGAACACCUACAAGUUGAAGUUUCAGGAGAAAGAAAGAACACAAAAUUAGAGAAAACAUUCUUGCAGCAACUAAAACACAAGCUUCUUAUAUAUUUCCUAUCAAUGGCAACAAUAGCAAGCAGACUUAACCUCUUCUAUAUUACUUAUCAAUGGCAACAAUAGCUCCAAUGUUUACUACUGUUAAAUUGCUAAGAGAUGAAUGUGAACAUGACAAGACUUAGGAAUUGCAGGAGAGAUGAGAUCCUCCAAAUGGAAAGAAUGGAAGAACAAAUCUAAGAAAGAGAGAGAGAGAGAGAGAGAGAGAGAGAGAGGAGACUCUUCAUUUGUCAUAUAUGUUCAUGGCUCAUGUAGAGAAACACUGUAGCAAAUAGCAGGUAGGUUGCACCUUGAGACCUGAACAUUAAGCAUAAUAUCUGCACCUAAGUGUAGUCAUGUCACCUUCAACAAUUCCAAGUUGCAUCCAGAUCAUUCUUCUCUCGUUCAUUUGUUUCUAUCUAGUGUUCAGAAUGCAGACAUCCGGUCACAGCUGAUCUCACCAUUAGCAACAGCACAUACUGCCCCCUGAGGUUUG